AUGGCCUUACGUGGGGAUGGGAGGAUGCUCGCUAUGCAAGUAAUGAUAUUGAUGCGACUGGUUGUAAAUGCAACAGCAGCAACAGCUCAAGCCCGGCCUAAUUGCCAAGACAAAUGUGGUAACCUCACAAUCCCAUACCCAUUUGGCAUGGGUGAAGGCUGUUACCUCCGACCAGAAUUCAACAUCACUUGUGAUCAAUCCACCCCACCGCCGUCAGCCUACUGGAUGGGCGGUAGGAAAAGGAUUACCAACUUUUCUGUCGCUGAUGGCGAGUUGCAAAUAAUGCUAGACGUAGCCAUGGAUUGUUAUGACGAUUCAGGUGAGGAAACAGAGGACAGCUUCUCUACUUGGCUAGAGCUGCCUCCUCCUUACAGCAUGUCCCAUACACAAAACAAUUUCACCACAAUAGGCUGUGACACUGUAGGAAUCUUCGUAGGUGAGCGCUCGGGGGAUGGAGGCCCAAAGAAAGAAAAGGUCAAAGCCGGCAACAGCGUCACCUUGUGUGAUGAUGUUCUUGGCGACGCACUUCCAGACUCUUGCUCUGGAUUUGGCUGUUCCCAAGCUUCCAUCCCCGUUGGACUGCGAAACAUUUCCACUUUUCUUCAAAGCCUGACUGUCGGCAAUCGAUCGGGGAUUUAUAAUCCGUGGUACGCUAAGUACCCUUGCAGCUAUGCCUUCAUUGUGGAACAAGGCAACUUCUCAUUCAACCCCAACACAACUUUUCAAGAACUCAACAACUCAAGGCAGCUUCCAGCCGUUCUGAAUUGGGCAGUUGAGGGUGAGUCAUGUGAUGCAGCUCAACAGAGCCCCAACUUUCCAUGCAAGGAAAAUACCAAGUGUGUCGAACGGACGACCAUCGGUGGUCCGCCUGCUUACAUUUGCCAGUGCUCGUCAG